AUGAAUGUAGUUAUGAAAACCGAUGACCACAGAACAGUGACGACAGCUGGUACUUUGCCCCAAAGUGGCGCCAUCAGACAUGGGUCAUGGACGGGACGCCAUUGCUGUGAAGCGCGGCCUACUCUUCACUUCCAAAGUGUUGACUGGCGAAUACUCCUCAGGGUUGAUGACCUUAAUUACUCCAGCACAGAGAUAUCUAGACUGAAAAUGAGUGUUGAUCUAGGUUUCCUUUACUGUGAGAUUUAUCAUAUACAAGAUCUCAAUGGUGUUGCUACAAAGCGAAAAGAACUUGACCAAGUAUGGAAGCGGGCUAUAGAGUUUGAGAGAAAAAUACAAAAUGCGUGUGCCAAAACAUCUGCCAAAGAAGAGGUUCGAGAGGGUUAUAUAAAGAGAUAUGGUUUUGGAAAAAAAAGUGUCUCUAUUUGCAAAGAAAGGCCAAGUCGGAGGUCAGGAAAAAUGAAACGAAGAAUAGGAUGGGUAUCAGACCAGAAAGAGAAGAAGAGUGAAACAGAGGUCAAAGACAAUGAAGCUGAAGAGCACCUUGCUGAAAUUUUCGACUCAAAGUCCUCAAUCCGCUCAUUUUAA